AUGACAGUCGAGCGUUGGCUAAGGCUCCGGGCAAAGGGUCUGGCCAUGCUGCACGUGACCCGGGGGGUCUGGGGGUCCAGGGUCCGAGUACGGCCCCUGUUGCCCGCGCUCCUCGGGUCCCCCCGGGCCCUGUCAUCGCUGGCGGCCAAGAUGGGGGAGUACCGCAAGAUGUGGAACCCCACGGAGCCCCGUGACUGGGCCCAGCAGUACCGCGAGCGUUUUAUCCCGUUCUCCAAAGAGCAGCUGCUCCGCCUCCUGAUACAGGAAUUUCACUCCAGUCCAGUGGAGAAGGUGGCUUUGGAGGAGUUUUCAGCUCAUGUGGACUUCUGCACCCUGUUCCACUACCACCAUGUCCUGGCCCAGCUGCAGGCCUUGUAUGACCCCAUCAACCCUGACAGGGAGACCCUCGACCAGCCAUCACUAACGGACCCCCAGCGUUUGUCCAAUGAGCAGGAGGUGCUUCAGGCUCUGAAGCCCCUACUGGCCCAGGCCAACUUCUCCCCGCUCUCCGAGGACACCCUGGCCUAUGCGCUAGUGGUCCACCACCCUCAGGAUGAGGUCCAGGUGACAAUAAAUUUGGAUCAGUAUAUCUACAUGCAGUUCUGGGCCUUGGGCCAGCGAGUCGGGCAGAUGCCCCGAAAGUCCAGCGUGGGCUCCAAGCGUGGCUUCUUCGCCAAGUCGCCCCCGGCAGAGAGGAGAUACUUUAAGCGGGUGGUGCUGGCAGCCCGGACGAAACGAGGGCACCUGGUGCUGAAGAGCUUCAAGGACACGCCACUGGAGGGCCUCGAGCAGCUGCUGCCCGAGCUGAAGGUGCGCACGCCCACCCUGCAGCGUGCCCUGCUCAACCUCACUCUGGUUGUCUCGGGCAUGGUGUUCUUCGUCAACGUGGGCAUGGUGGUGCUCUCAGACCUCAAGGUGGCCACCUCCCUGUUGCUGCUGCUCUUUGCCAUCUUCAUGGGCAUGCGGGCCUCCAAGAUGUUCGGGCAGCGGCGCAGCGUGCAGGCGCUGGAGCUGGCGCACAUGCUUUACUAUCGCAGCACAUCCAAUAACUCGGAACUGCUCAGCGCCCUGGCCCUACGCGCGCAGGAGGAGCACACCAAGGAGGCAUUGCUGGCUCACAGCUUCCUGGCCCGGCGGCCGGGGGAUGUGCACGGCCCACGUGAAGCAGAAACCUCUAGGUGGCUCCAGUCGGAGGUGGAGAACUGGCUCCUGGCCAAGUCAGGCUGUGAUGUGACCUUCAACGGAACUCGGGCCCUGGCCCACCUACAAGCCUUGACCCCCAGCGUGGGGCUAUACCCACCCUCGGGUUUCCCCAAACUAGAGCCUUUGGCUACAGUCACUUCCGAGUACUCCCAUGUAGCACCCAGCAGUAACAACCCCAGAACAAAAUCUUCCUGUCCAACCCCACCCAGCCACCUGGCUAGGAACUAAGCUCUGCCUCCUCCAUGAGAAGCUGUCAGUCACGGCUACUAUACUUUGUCACUCUCCAACUUCCAAUUACUGACAGGCAAUUAUUUUGCUACACUGCAGCCAGUCAAAGCAGCGAGCAGUUGCUAGGAACGCCCCAUUCUGAUGAGCAGCAAAUCAAAGCUAUUUAGCGUUGCUUCUAUUCCAUUUCUUAAUCCCACCCCCCGCCAAAAACAUUCAAAGUGGUUUGGCUGAGGCGGUGGGGGUGUCAGCCAACCACAGCUGCUCAGCUCUGGCUUUUUAAAACCACCAGACAGAGUUGUGCCCUCCCAAGGCUAUAUGUCACUGUCUUUUUAGCCUGCUCCCAGCAAACCGCCCAUCAUGUGCACCGAGGCAGAGCUGCAGCCAGCAGUCCAUGAGUGCCGUUUAGACCUGCCCCUUGGCAAACAGCCAGUGACAGCUGCUUGGCACCAUCAACCUUGGGCAGCCAGUUGUUGCAGAGAAGCAACUAAUCAUAAUUUCUAAAGAAAACCUGACCUAUCAAUUGCUGUUGCUUAUAUAUGGUGGGCCAUCUGGUCAACUGCUGAUCAGGGUGUCCAGGCUGGAGGGGUUGAGAACCUCGUACCAGGCAGAAAGCUGUGGGCCUGGAGGAACCAGAGACCACCCUCAGCCCUAGACUUGCUCCCACUCAGGCUGCCAACAAACUCAGGUGCCUUCCCUACCCAGGUCCCUCACCCUUUCUACAGAAACUACCUCGGUCUGGAUCUCCCCACCACCAGCAGCCUGUGCGAUAUUUAUUGGCCUGUCAAUUUCUCCCGUGUCCCCUCUCCCAAAGGAGUAAAUCAUGUUUAAUAAAUCUGGAUGAAUGGGA